AUGGCCAUGCGUGUCAUGAACUUUGCACUUGGACCACUUGGUCGCUGGCGCCCUUUUGCCGCCGUCAAAUGGCGGCACAUGAGGAGGACAUUUGCCACAAAUCCGGAUUACAUUGGCCAGGACCCAUACAGCAGCUCAGGUAGAGAUCCUUACGCUCCCAGACGCAGAUUUGACCAAGGUGGUGAACGUCGGCCUCGUCGUGAUGAGGAAGACUUUUCUGGAAGCUUCGAAGGCAGCCACCGAGGCAGACCUCCAUUGACGGGCGGGGGGAUGCCCGACCGCAUGGGCAAUCUUGGGCAGAAUCUAAGACACCUUAACUGGGAGGAGGAACGGCUAGUUACGUUUCAGAAAAACUUCUACAACGAGCACCCUGAAGUCAUGUCGAUGACUGCGGAGCAGGUUACAGCAGCCUACAAGGCGCUCAGUGCAAACGUCGAAGGCCGCAAGCCGCAUCCCAGGCCGGUCAUGUCGUUUGAUCACCUGAGCCUGGCAGAGGAUUUGCUGCAAUCUGUUCGCAGCUCGUUCGACACCCCAACACCUAUUCAGUCAGUGGGAUGGCCUACUGCUCUCUCUGGGAGAGACAUGGUCGGCAUUGCUCAAACUGGCAGUGGCAAGACCCUGGCCUAUGUGCUGCCCGCGUUGGUGCACAUUGCUGCGCAGCCAUCCUUAAGCCCAGGGGAUGGUCCCAUCGGCUUGGUCCUGGCGCCCACGCGAGAGCUGGCCAACCAGAUUCAUUCCGAGGUCGUUCGGUUUACAGAAGGUACCAGAAUACGGAGCACGGCCGUCUUUGGGGGCGUUCCCAGAUAUGGACAGGCCGCAGAUUUGAGACGAGGAGUUGAGAUCCUCAUUGCCACACCGGGUCGGCUCUUGGAUUUUUUGGAGGCAGGCACUACAAAUCUCAAGCGGAUAACAUAUCUGACGCUUGAUGAGGCAGACCGAAUGCUCGACAUGGGAUUCGAGCCACAGAUUCGCAAAGUCGUUUCUCAGAUUCGACCCGACCGCCAAACGUUGAUGUGGUCAGCGACCUGGCCCAAAGAGAUUCAGCGGCUGGCGAGGGAUUUUUGCCGAGAGGACCCUGUGAAGCUUACCAUCGGGACGGAGGAAUUGUCUCUGAACCCGAACAUCGAGCAGCAGAUCGAGGUCGUGGGUGAGUACGAGAAGCGAGACAGGUUUAUGAGCUGGAUCAAGAGUGUGGCAGCCGAUGAGACCAAGGUACUUGUGUUUACAGAAACGAAGCGUGGUGCUGACUCGCUGUGCCGCGAGUUGCAGUACCAGAAUUUGUCAGCCAAUGCAAUUCAUGGUGACAAGGAGCAACGGCAGCGAGACAGAACCCUCUUUGAUUUCAAAUCCGGACGCUGCAACAUCCUGAUUGCAACAGAUGUUGCGCAAAGAGGCUUGGACAUCAAGGAUGUGGCAUUUGUUGUCAACUAUGAUGUUCCAAAGACCCUCGAGGAUUACAUCCAUAGAAUUGGCCGAACAGCACGUGGUGGUGCAAAGGGCACCGCUGUGACCUUCUUCCCCGCGGAUGCUUACACUCCUGAUAUGAUCAGGAUGGCCAGGGCCAUUUCCAAGGCAGUGCGUGAUGUUGGGCAAGUUCCACCCAAAGAGCUGCUUGAUCUUGGAGGCAGCCGACGAUGA